UCAGGCACCAGUUGCUGCGGAGGCCCCAGAGGAAUAGGCGGCAAAAUGGAGCUCCGUGUUCUUUGGGCGCUUUUCAAUCUCGGUAUGAUAACUGCAGUACCUUCUAAACACCACAGCAAUGCGUCGCCUGCAUUUUCGACUGCCCAUCUCUUUACGCUUUCUUUCCUUCCUAUCAUCGACGUCAGGGACCUGACCUGCCUGGAGUGCCGGACCGCCGCGGGAGUCAUCGCGGCCAUGAUGGCUGAGGGCGCCACCGUGGAGGAGAUCGAGGAUCAGGUCAUCCUCGACUGCGUCCUCCUCGACCUCUUCCCGCCGGACGUGUGUUCGGGAAUGGUCAGGCUGAGUGGAGCAGAAGUUCUUUACGUCCUCAACAAAACGGAGCACGACCACGAGACGGUGUGCGGCUGGCUGCUGGGCGGCCACUGCGAGCACGACCAGCUGAGCCCUUGGACGAUCCCCAUCCCGGAGGACAAGCCCGAGCCCUCGCACCCGGAGCCCGUUCAGCCAACAGAUGGUGUGGUGAGGAUCUUGCAUCUGUCUGACUUGCACGCCGACCUGCUCUACGACGAGGGCAGUGCUGUGCACUGCGCCCACCCUAGCUGCUGCCGCCACACCUACGGCGACCCUGGGCCAGGAGAGGAGCCGGCAGGGCGCUGGGGCGCCUUGGCCAAGUGCGACAUCCCGCUGCGCACUCUGGUCGACCUCCUCGAGCAAGCGGCGCACACGAAGCCUGACCUUGUCUACGUAACGGGCGACCUCCCCCCCCAUGACGUGUGGGCGCAGAGCCACGCCACCAACCUGCUGGCCAUCAACACGUCCGUGCAGCUCAUUGCCAGGCACUUCCCUGACGUGCCCAUCUUGUACACUGUAGGAAAUCACGAAUCUGCGCCCGUUAACAGUUAUGUUGUUCCAUCUGCAUAUGCUGAUGGCUGGAGCAUGGGUUGGCUGUACGACAGUUUAGCUGAAAUGUGGGCGCCAUGGCUACCCGAAGAGGCACUGCCAGAUUUACGGAAAGGUGGUUACUUUUCGUACUCUCCAGUGCCAGGACUGAGGAUCUUGUCUGUCAAUAUGAAUUACUGCAAUACUCAGAACUGGUGGCUCUUACUGGAGAACGACGACCCAGCAGAGCAGCUGCAGUGGCUGGUCGAGCAGCUGGCGUCGGCAGAACUGGCCGGGGAGCACGUGCAUCUGCUGGGCCACAUUCCUCCCGGCGGGGGCAGCUGCGAUAACAUUUGGUCUCAUAAUUUCAACCUUAUCGUCGCCAGGUACGAGUCGACGAUAAGGGGAAUGUUCUUCGGCCACAACCACGGAGACUCUUGGCAGAUCUUGUACGACCCUGGCGAUUACGUGAGGCCAGUUGCUGUUGCAUUCAGCGGGCCUUCGGGCACCAGCGGGUCUACCCAUAACCCUUCCUUCCGCGUGUACACGGUAGACGGCGGGCACAGCGCGGCCACUUGGACGGUGCUUGACAUGGAGACCUACAACAUGAACAUGACUCUGGCUAACCUCGAGGGCGGACGACCAGAAUACGCACUUAGGUAUCAAGCACAGGAGAGCUAUGGUGUGCCGUCUCUCACUCCAGCCUCCCUUGACAGCUUGGUCGUUGCCAUGGCCACCGAUGCAGAGCUUUUCCGAACGUUUUUGAGGAACGUGAACAACUACUGGGAUGAACCGACGGAGGUUUGGUCGUGCGGCGACAAGGAGUGUCGGAAGCGGCAGCUGUGCAAACUGGUGAAGGGCGACUCCUCCAGCAGGGAGCCCUGUCGCCGCAUCGAGGACAUUGUGGACGGCGCCCCGGCGGCUGUUGACAAAAACGAGGUUACGAAUUCUUUACAUAAAUAAUACAUGUCCUUCCUUCGUGCAUAUAACACGCGCACACACGCAUAAGAAAAUGAAUACACACACAUAUGUUUUAUGCAUAAAAAUAUAUUCAUAUAUUAAUACCCUUAUCCCUUAAUAAAGGACCUUUAAUCAAA